AUGGACGUCCACGGCAGAAUAAGAGAGAUCCUUGCUGAGACUAUACGGGAAGAGUUGGCCCCUGAUCAGCAACAUUUAUCGACAGAAGAUUUGAUAAAAGCCCUUAGACGUCGAGGAAUCAUUGAUGAUGUGAUGAAAGAACUUAAUUUUGUUACUGACAAUGUUGAUCAAGAACUUCCUUCCUCUCCAAAACAACCUGUUGGUUUUGAUAAACAAUCAACACUAAAAAAAGUUUUGGGUGGAAAAGCUUUCUUGGAACAUCUUCAAGAACCCGAGCCUUUACCAGGACAAGUUUGUUCAACUUUUACUUUAUGUUUACAUUAUCGGAACCAACGUUUUCGUUCUAAACCUGUUCCAUGUGCCUGCGAACCGGAUUUUCAUGAUGACUUUUUACUUGAAGUACACAGAGAAAGCUUAGGCGAUGGAACUAGAAUGGCUGAUUCAACAACAAUGUUAUCAAUAAGCGAUCCAAUUCAUAUGGUGCUAAUCAAAACUGACAUAUUUGGUGAGACCACUUUAGUAGCAUCCUAUUUUCUGGAAUGGAGAUCAGUUUUGGGCUCAGAAAAUGGAGUAACCAGUCUCACUGUGGAGCUUAUGGGUGUAGGCACAGAAUCAAAAGUUUCUGUGGGAAUUUUAAAUAUAAAACUUGAAAUGUAUCCACCACUCAAUCAGACGUUAUCUCAAGAAGUGGUGAAUACACAGCUUGCUUUGGAACGUCAGAAAACUGCAGAGAAAGAGCGGUUAUUUCUUGUGUAUGCCAAGCAAUGGUGGAGAGAAUAUUUGCAAAUUCGACCCUCACACAACUCACGGCUGGUGAAAAUUUUUGCACAGGAUGAAAAUGGAAUAAAUAGACCUGUCUGUUCCUACAUUAAACCACUUCGAGCUGGCCGACUUCUGGAUACUCCACGGCAGGCAGCAAGAUUUGUUAAUGUCCUUGGUUAUGAACGAGCCCCGGUUAUUGGAGGAGGGGGUGACUGUGAAGAUCAUGCUAACCUUCUGUGCAGCCUCCUUCUUGGAUAUGGGUUAGAAGCCUUUGUCUGUGUUGGGACUAAGGCAAAAGCAGUACCUCAUGCAUGGGUUAUGACUUGUGGAACUGAUGGAACCAUCACUUUUUGGGAGAGUUUAACAGGACACAGGUACAUUCACAAACCUACCAAUCCUGAUGAGCCUCCACUUGCCAAACAGGCCAAACCAUUGUACCCAUAUCGAACAAUUGGUUGUGUUUUCAAUCAUCAGAUGUUCCUUGGAAAUUGUCAACCCUCUGACACAGUCGAAACCUGUAUAUUUGAUUUGAAUGAUGAAUCCAAAUGGAAACCCAUGAGUGAAGAAGCAAUUAAAUCUGUGUGUGCUCCAGGAGCAACAACAUCCCUUCCUCCCUUCCCACCUCUGUGUGCAUCCACAAUUGAUGCGUCUGUCACAAGUAAUGAAAUAGAAAUGCAACUGAGGCUCCUGGUGUCAGAACACAGGAAGGAUCUUGGCCUCACAACUGUUUGGGAAGACCAGCUUUCCUAUCUUUUAUCACCAGCUUUGGCUUCUUACGAAUUUGAGCGUACCACAAGUAUAUCUGCAGGCAAUGAAGAGUUUCAGGAUGCCAUAAGGAGGGCAGUGCCUGAUGGUCACACAUUCAAAGGGUUCCCAAUACAUUUUGUGUAUAGAAAUGCAAGGCGUGCAUUUGCCACGUGUCUUCGAUCCCCUUUUUGUGAAGAAAUAAUCUGUUGUCAUGGAGACCAAGUGCGACUGGCAGUUCGUGUCCGAGUGUUUACUUACCCUGAAUCUGCAUGUGCUGUUUGGAUCAUGUUUGCUUGUAAAUAUCGCUCUGUAUUAUAGGA